CUAUUUUUCUUAGGACUGUCUUAUUACUCAUUGGUCGUCAGCUGAUCUCCGACUGUUUUUUUGGAGUUCUAAAAUAAAAAUAAACAAAAAAAGUGCAAUAAGUAAUCAAAUCAUUAAAAACGUUCAAACAGUUAUAAACUAUGCUACUGCUCAAAAACCCCGCUUCCCAUAUGGCCAAACAUUGGUGGCAUAAGUCAGUCUCAACAUGGACACCUUUAGCAACUGCCUUCAAUUCGCCGCCCUACAAGAAAAUCAAUUUUACACGCAAUGAAGUGGGUUUAUUCUGUAUGUCAGAACUUAAGGACCAUGAAGGAUUUUUCCUACUUAAAGACAAUGUCACUCAUCAAACGACACAACUGAUAGAUGAAGCCAUUUCCUCGAAUCGGCAAAGAAAAAUGGUACAAAUAUUCGAUGAACUCUCAGACUCUUUGUGCAAGGUAGCCGAUUUGUCUGAGUUCAUACGGGUAGCUCACCCUCAAGCGAAGUUUGCGCAAGCUGCUGAGGAUGCCUGCAUCAGCAUUAGCGGUAUAGUGGAACACCUGAAUACUCACAAGCAGUUGUAUACGACCUUAAGUCAUGUGACUCACAAUGGCGAUAUUGUGCCUACCACGGACAUAGAUACACAUGUGGCCAAAUUAUUCCUCUUCGAUUUUGAACAAUCCGGUAUUCACUUACAGGAGGAUGAAAGGGAGAAAGUGGUGCGCUUAAAUGACUACAUUCUGCAAUUAGGCCAAAAGUUUAUGCACGGAGCAAUUCAGCCAACAUCAUUUCCACGAGCACAAGUACCAGAAUCCAUACGGAACUAUUUCCCUUCCGACGGCGAUCACAUCCUUGUGUCCGGUCUCUACACAAACUCCACGAAUGGCCAAGCUCGUGAAGCAGCCUAUAAACUGUAUCUAUAUCCCUCAGAAAGGCAGGAAGAAUUGCUGACGGAUUUGUUAAAGUGUAGACAUGCUUUGGGGAGGAUAUGUGGGUUCGAAACCUAUGCCCACCGAGCGCUGAAUUCAAGUACUGUAGAAAGCCCCGAAAUGGUCAAAGAGUUCAUAGACGAGUUAACACGAGAUUUGAGGCCUCGUGCUGAGGCAGACUUCCGCAUAAUGGAAAGGAUGAAGCGUAAGGAUAGUGGCAAUCAACAGAGCACGUUGGCUGCCUGGGACACGCCAUACUUUACAUCACUAAUGAAAAAGAAUGCCCUAAAUGCAAAUGCCAGCGAGUUUUUGCCAUAUUUUAGCCUAGGUGGCUGCAUGCAAGGCUUAGACAACCUAAUGCGAUCCCUAUAUGGCAUUAGCCUACAAAACACAGAAAUGGAACCGGGCGAAUCUUGGCAUAAUGAUAUUUACAAAUUAUCUGUAGUCCACGAAAACGAGGGCCUUCUGGGCUACAUCUACUGUGAUUUCUUCGAGCGCAAUGGUAAACCCAACCAGGACUGCCAUUUCACUAUACAAGGCGGCAAGCGGUUGUCUGACGGGUCAUAUCAACUGCCAAUUGUUGUGGUAAUGCUUAAUCUCUCACAACCUCGUUGGACUGGACCAACCCUCCUCACUCCGUCUAGAGUUGACAAUUUAUUCCAUGAAAUGGGGCAUGCUAUGCAUUCUAUGUUGGCUCGCACAGAAUACCAACAUGUGACCGGCACUAGGUGUUCAACUGACUUCGCAGAAGUACCCUCAGUUCUGAUGGAAUACUUUGCCAGUGAUCCGCGAGUUUUACGCACCUUUGCUAAACACUUCCAAACACACAAACCAAUGUCAGAAGAUAUGCUGCAGAGGUUAUGUGCUUCGAAAAAUCUAUUCUCAGCCAGUGAGACACAACUCCAAGUGUUUUAUUCAGCUUUGGAUCAAAUUUACCACGGAGAUCCAUCAAAACAUGGAGAAAACACCACCGAGACUUUAAAGAAUGCUCAAAAUGAAUACUACAGUCUGCCAUAUGUAAAUAACACGGCUUGGCAGCUACGAUUUUCCCACUUGGUUGGUUAUGGAGCAAAAUAUUACUCAUACUUGAUAUCCAAGACAAUUGCAUCUUGGAUAUGGCAGAGUUACUUCGAGGCGAAUCCUUUCAAUCGCGAAGCAGGUGAAAAAUACCGUCAAGAAGUUCUAGCCCACGGAGGAGGAAAGCCUUCCCGCCACUUAGUGUCUAAAUUUCUUCAACGUGAUCUCACACCAAAGAAUCUUGCCCAAAGCUUGAUUCAUGAAAUCGAUGUGAACAAUGACAAGAUCAAAGAUAUGCUUCAUGUCGACAAUCAUUGACCAUUGUUAGCUAGUUCUAUAAAAUAGGCCGACACCACAUGUUAUAAUUAUUUUUUGUUUUUUUUUUAGUUAUUACUGUUAUUAUUAAACAUUUUUCAAUAAAAAUGUUAACAACCAUACAA